AUAACGGGGCAGGUGACUGCUGGAGGAGUGAUCUCCCAGACAGACCAAAAUCCUAAAAGACGACGAUCGUACACAGCAUCAUCGUGGAAAAACAGUCAUGGGGCAGAAGUUGGAGAGGGUGUCUGAAAAGGAUGAAGAAUCCCUUGAUAAUUCUGAAUGCUCCGAGAAAACGGCAGACACGCGUCUGUCUAAGGUUGCCGAACAAGACGACGGCAGACAUCAGGAGGAUGACAGUUCUGCAUUUUCUCGUCUGAGCAUUGGUGGGAUUAGGGGAAUCAAUUUAGGGAAGCUGGCUGUCAUUUCUUCACGUACAGACCCCCAAAGUGGGCAGCCAAUCAGUGGUCAGAGUCAGAAGGAACACCUUCUGAACUCCAGAGGGGAGUGGGUGUUUCCAGGCAGAGGGGCAGUCUCUGGUACUGUUGCAGAGCCAAAGAGAACCCUGAGCUUUAAGAAGACACAAACUAGCAACAAAAAGCAAGGCUCUGAACAGGGGGCUGCAGCCUGGACUGGUACUGCAGCAAUGGAUGAGCCAGAAAAUCAGAAUUUCCCUGAAACCGACAGCAGCAAGAGUUCAACAACCUCUUGCAGACCUCCUACCGAAGAAGACUUUGUAGUUCUGGAAAGAGAUGAGAAGUGGAUGUCGAAUGAAAGCAACACCGCAGGUCACCACAGCAAACCCAGAGGGGAGGAGGACGGCUCUGAAAGCUGUAGUGACUCCAAACUUUCCCAGCCUUCCAGGGUUACUCAAGAGAAGAGUAAUGAUGUUGUACAUGGUAAGAGUUCACACCGCUACAGUUUAGGGACAGAAACUGGUCGUGAUUUGGCUCAAGUGACAGGCAGCAGGUGUCAGCUAAAAGGAGCAAGCUGUGUCCAGGCUGCUCAGAGCAAGACAACUGGUGAGGGUACGACAGAGGUUGUCCGUAUGAGAGAGGAGCAAAAAAAGUGUAAAGAUCAGCGACUAGAAGCCGAUCAGAGCCCUGUGAACAAAAAAGGGCAAAGUCUUUGA